AUGGCUUCCGCUCGGCGCAAAAAGAACAAUAUUAUUCAUCUUCAGCGCGAGGAUGGUAGCUGGACGGAGAAUGAUAAUGAGAUUAGAAUUGUUGCUUGCGGGUACUUUGAAGGUAUCUUUGAUGAGUCUAAUAGUGCUACUAACUAUCUCCAUGUGCUCGAUAGGUUUAACCCUAACUUUGAUAGUUCCAUGAAUGAUGAACUUAUCAAGCCAUUUCUGGCAGAGGAGUUUAAAGUUGCCGUGUCCCAGAUGCAUCCGGACAAGUCACCAGGAUCGGACGAAUUUAAUCCCAAGUUUUUCCAGAAUUUCUGGAACAUGGUUGGUGAAGAUGUCUAUCACAGUUGCUGUUCUUGGCUCGACUCCAUGAGCUUCCCUCCUGAUCUUAAUCAUACCUUGGUCACCCCUCAUUCCAAAGCUAUCCACUUCAUGAAGAGGAAGACGAGGGGAAAGCACGGCUCUCUUGCGCUUAAGAUUGACAUAAGCAAAGCCUACGACCGGGUCGAUUGGGGUUACCUCGAUGCUAUUCUCCAAAUGAUGGGUUUCUGUGAUAAAUGGAGAGCUUGGAUGAAUCUUUGCGUCCGCACGGUGUCUUAUGAGGUGCUUGUUAACGGGGAAGCAAUUGGCCCCAUUAUCCAGGGACGAGGUCUUCGCCAGGGCGACCCGCUCUCACCCUAUCUCAUCAUCCUCUGUGCCGAGGGUUUAUAA